GGUUUCUCCUCCUCUUCCUCGGAGUUAUUUAAAGCCAUGGCCAUUCAGGGCAGGGGCGAAAAACAGAGACAUAGACAGCGAGAGAGAAGCCAAUUGCCGAGCAGAGAGAUAGAGAGAAACGGAUUGAAGGCCCGGGAAACUAAGAGAUCGGAGGAGGAUGGAGCAAGAUGGCGAGCCGUGGUGUUCUUGCUCGCUGAGGCAGUGCAGGAUUUGCCACGAGGAGGAGGAUGAGGGCUCCGUGACCUCCAUGGAGUCGCCAUGCGCAUGCUCUGGCUCCCUCAAGUAUGCCCACAGGGGAUGCGUGCAGAGGUGGUGCGAUGAGAAGGGCAGCACCCUCUGCGAGAUUUGCCUCAAGAAUUACGAGCCUGGCUACACCGCUCCUCCCAAGAAACGUCACGUCGCAGUCACCAUCAGAGGGAGCCUGGAGGUCCCUAUGGCGGACUACCAAGAGGCAGAGGACGCGCUGUUGCUCGGACCUGACGUGGUGGCCAGCGACCCGGCCUACGCCGAGUGCGCGCGUGCCGCCGGCAGAAACGCUUCCUGGUGCCGCUCGUUGACGGUGACGUUCACUGUUGUGUUGCUGCUGAGGCAUCUCGUCGCCAUGGAAACCGUCAGAGCCGCAGAUCAGUCUUUCAGCCUACUGACGGUAUACUUGCUCAGGGCUAGUGGGAUCUUGUUGCCGUUCUACGUCGUCAUGCGGCUCAUCUCUGCCGUCCAGCACGGGCAGAUGCAGUACCGGCUCCAGCUGCUCCAGGAGCAAAGAAGAAACGCAUCAUCAAGACUGCACCGGGUGCUUGGUCAGGGAGAGCAGCAGCAUGUGUUUCUUGUUGGCUGAAGAAAACAGUGAAGUGGAUCUCCUGUAGAAGAGAGUUAAAUUAAAUGUAUAAUGUAUUAGUACUGACGGAGCAAUUAGGAAAAAGGGAAAGCGAAGAAAAGCUAUAUUAUGUUCAUAAGCUUCCGGUGUAUGCACAUUUCUUGCAGUGAUGAAUGAAUCGCCGGCUGCAGAUCUUACCUUUGUUA